GAUCACGAGACUACAAACUGACUUGGGACAAACGACGCCAAAGUUGCGCCACAGUCAAUGCGCCCAGUAAUACAAUGGGCCGGAGGAAACGAAACUUGAUGGAAGAUGACAACUCUUCGGGCAGCUCUGAAAACGAUGAAGGGCGGGGUGUAUCCGAUCGGGGCGACCCGGAUGCUCGCGAUGAGCAGGAGCUGUUUGCGGACCCAUACCGUCGUGCGAAGCGAUAUCGCAAGGGAGGGAAAGAAGACAGUAUUCUGGGAAUAUUUGCUAGAAGUGAGGAUGAGGAGGAUAAUCUUCCUUCAAGACUCUCCGGAGGCAGAAAGCCAAAAUAUACUAAACCGGUGUCCUUUGUUUCGGGCUCCACAGGACCGGCAGAAGCUGUCGAUCCGGACGAAGUCCAAUCUGAUCAUGAGCCUGCAAAUAAUUUGGGCACUUCAGAUGAAUCCGAAGGUGACGUUAACAUGGAGGAUGGGGAAGAUGGUGAUGAAGAGCCCGAAGAGCCUGAAGAGUCUGAAAGGCCUGGCCUGGGUUUGUCAUCAUUCUCAGCAUCCCAUUUCUCCUCUCCAAUUGUUACGUCUUCCGCUGCUCCCCACGGAGACGGCUCUGCAGACUCAAUUCCCCGGACGAACCGAGCAGGUAUUGGUGCCCGAGACGGCUUAGGUUCGUCCUCUGCGACUAAAAAAGGCUUAAGCAGUGCUAGCGCAUCAUUCGCUGGAACGCUUAGUGCUGGAGAUACGUCGUUACCAACGUCUUUUGGAUCCCCAAAUACUGCUAGCGCAUCAUUCGCCAAUCGUGCCCGGACAUCGUUUGUGCGCGAUUCAGCGAAUGCGGCGAUGUCACCAAAGACUGCUGCUCAACUUACUGCGGAGGAUCAAAGACAUCUUCAGAAACUUUCAGGGUCGUUUGGCGCGAAGAUGAUGGAGAAAAUGGGAUGGACGCCCGGUGAGGGCAUUGGUUUGUCCAAUGUUGGGAUAGCAACCCCGAUCGAGGUAAAACUCCGUCCAAAGUCUGCCGGUUUGGCGUUUCAGGGGUUCAGGGAGCGAACGGAUCAAUCAAUCCGUGAGGCAAGAAGGAGAGGUGAGGCCGUUUCAGAUGAAGAGAUUGAUACUGGAGGCAGCAAAGGUAAAGGAAAGUCGAAGGGCCGUGGGGGAGAGAAGGACCGUUCCAAUGCAUGGAAGAAGCCAAAGAAGACGAUAACUAGAAUUAAACAUAUGACCUACGAGGAAAUUAUAGCCGAAAGCGACGAAACAGUGCCCACAUCAUCACUGGGGGUAAUCAUCGAUGCAACAGGCGCAACUCCUCGCGAAAUCUCAUCAAUAGCAGACGUCUCCUCUGCCUCGUGGAUCCCAUCGGUGGAAGCGGAGCGCAUUCCGGAAGUCCGACACAAUCUUCGAAUUCUGUGGUCAUCUGCAAAGAGCGAAUUCGAAGGUCUAGUCAAGGAGGCAAAAGCGCUCGAGGAGCGCAAGAAGUGGCUUAAGGACGAGGAAACUAGGUUGCGGAAAGUCAUGGUUGCUGAGGACAUAGCUCUAUCGCGUUUGCGAGAGAUCAGCCAAAUAGUCGAACGCAUCAAUCUGAAAUCGCAAGGGAUUGCCUCCUAUGAGGCCAAUUUAGACGUUCUGGCGGAGGAAUUUGACAAGCUAGCGAUUGACUACAGUCCAGACUAUGAUAAGUAUGAGUUGGAUGAAGUGGUAGUGGGCGCGAUUGCCCCUUACGUGAAAAGGUAUACUUCUCAGUGGAAACCAUUGGAAGCCCCUUCCGUGUUAGCAGACGAUUUUCGUCGGUGGCGCAAACUCUUUAGGAUGUCCCACUCCAAAUGCGAUCACGCCCCGUUAAGCUCAGUAGGGUAUUUAUCUCCUGCGCGCGCUUCAUCCAAGAAUGGAAAUGCAAGCAUGACGCAUUACGAAAGCUUGCUAUGGAAUGUUUGGCUGCCUCGAUUGCGAUCGACCAUUAACAAUGAUUGGAACGUUUCAAAUCCGUCUCCACUAAUCCGAGUUCUCGAAGCCUGGUCCGAUUUAUUGCCUCCAUUCAUGUUGGAUAAUAUCUUGGAUCAGCUCGUCCUUCCUAAGGUGCAGAAGGCGCUUUCCGACUGGAGUUGGACGGGUGAAGUCGCACUUCAAAGCUUGGUACUUCCAUGGCUUCCUCACAUCGGUCUUCGGAUGGAAUUUCUAUUGGACGAUACUCGAAGGAAGCUUCGCUCUUUCUUGAAAUCGUGGAAGGUGGAGCAAGGCGUCCCGAGUGACUUUGUGGUGUGGAAAGAGGUGCUGAAAGCCAGAGAGUGGGAAGAUUCACUUCUCAAGUACAUCGUACCCAAGCUCGGGGCUCAUUUGCGGGAGAAAUUUACUGUGAACCCCGCUCAGCAAGACAUGGAACCCCUGUUGCGUAUUUCUGCGUGGAUCACAAUCCUCAGACCUGCUACAUUCUCGCAGUUGUUGGAAAUGGAGUUUUUCCCGAAGUGGCUUUCCGUCUUACACAUGUGGUUGACACAACCUGGAUCAGACUAUAACGAAGUGAACGAGUGGUAUCGUUUCUGGAAGGGCUCGUUCUCCCAAGAAGUCCUUGAUUUGCCUCGUGUUUCGGAGGGAUUUGCAAGGGGGCUUCAAUUGAUGAAUCAAGCCACUGGUUUAUCACCACAAGCACGAGCCUCAUUACCGAAACCUGACAUUUCCAAUCUCUCCGCGAAACUUCCUGCCGAGAAGACGAUUCCUCUAAAGGAAAACCGCCCAGUCCCAGAGGAAGUCACAUUCCGUUCCAUCGUUGAAGAAUUUGUGGCGGAGCACAAUCUGUUUUUUGUCCCGAUGGGCAAGGCCCACCCAAAGGCACGUCUGCCACUCUACCGCAUCUCACAGAGUGUCGAUGGGAGAGGUGGGGUUCCUGUCUACAUUUCCGACGAUGUUGUUUGGGCGCUGCCAGUUGGUGGGUCGGACGACGAUACAUACGAGCCGGUCAUGUUAGAUGAACUGGUUCUACGGGCAUCCAGCAGCAGGAAGUAGACGGCGUAGAUUUAAGAUUACAAACUCCGAGAUGUGUUGUAAUUAUAUUAUUACUAUUACCUUCGAGAUGUGGCGGGUUUCCCCGUCAAUACAGUUGCUCGC